AUGUGUCCUCUAGAUCCAGAUCCAGAUCCAGAACGCUGUUUGCUUUCUCCCCUUCAGACCUGCUCACGAAGGCUUCUACUCUUGACUCCCACGACCCUCCUGUCCCUCCAGCUCUCUCCUCCAGCCCGAGUAAACUGCCAAAACAUCGAUGAAUCCGCCAGAGAUCCUCUGAACAAAUCCAUCAAAAUUGUGAUAGUGUUUGGUUGA